AUGGCACCAUCUGAGGCAUCCAUUCUGAGCAAUUUUCUGCUUUCUCCUGCUUCAUUGCCAACUAUCAUUUCCUUGCAACAAUUCACAGAACUUUUUCCGAAGAAACUGCGGGCUCAUCCUCAUAUCCGAGUCCUUUACCGGGAGCUCCAGCAAUUGCGAGAGCAAGACAUGGACACGGUCAAUGAGAAUAUUGACAAGGAAGUCCGUCAAGCAGAGACCCAAAAGGCCGAACUUCGAAAAGCAAUCAUGAAGACCGGCGUUGACGGCAUGGAGGAGAAUGACCGCCGGGAGAUGGACAUGGAUGUCCAGCUCUUUGGUCAGGGGAUUAAUGCUGCUUCCAGUGAUUACCACUCCAUUUCCAGCCUUUUGUCCGCAAUGGAGACGGCAUGCUUAAAUAUCGAGCACGAGAUUUCCCAUGUGGACCAAGAGGCAGCAACUGUGUUGUCCGGACUCAGCGCCACAGUUGGCGAGCUGAGUGAUUUGCGUUACGGCAAAAUGCAAGGGCCUGCAGGGUCAUCUGGGGAAGAGAUGGUAAAGGACGCUAUAGACGGUCUCGAGCAUCUCGAGCAAGCCUGCUACCGUAAGACAUCGCAGUGA